AUGUUUCCCGGCCGUGUGUUGUAUCUGUUGGCCAUUGUGCUCUGUUGUGUGAGUGUGACUCAUGCUGAUGAUCCACAAGUGGACGAUGUUAAGCGAAUUACUGACUUGGCAAAAGAAGCACAAAGAUUGGAUGCGGAGGCAAAUAAUUCAGCUAAUGAGACUCUAAAAGCAAUACAGAACUCCACGGCGGCCGAAGAAUCUGCAGAUAAAGCUACCCGAGAAGCCGAAAAGUAUGCCCAUGAAAUUUUAGAGUUAAUCAAAAGAGAUAAGGGCAAUACAGCAGAAAUUGAGAAGAAGAAGGCUGAGGGACUUCGCAUCGUCAAGGAAACAAAGGAUGUCGUAGCCAAGUCAAGGGAUGUCAUCAAGAAAACAAAAGAAAUAAAAGAUAUCACUGUUGUGAAAGGAUAUGCUGCUGUUAAGGAAUCAGAAAAACUCAACAGACUAUGUGAUGAAAUGACAAAAAAGUACAGCCAACAAAAAGAAGAAAGUACGACCAAAUUGGAAGAAUUACAAAAGAUAAAGGCUCAAUGUCUAAUGUACACUAAAAAAGAUACGAAAAGUGCUGGACAACAUGCCAUUGACGUUUCUCAUGAUGCAAUCGGUGAGACACUUUCACUUCAACUUGCCCUGACUACGGCAGAAAAUGCUGCCAACCAACUAGAGAAUACUAUUCAACAGCUGGAGGCUGCAGUGACUACUGCGGAAACAGAGAAACUGCAAACAGGUCAGCAUGGCAAGAACCAGGUGGAGUCGCCGAUACAACCACAAACACAGGGGCCAACGGUUGGAAACCCACACCCCAAUGGGAGAAGCGAGGCAGGGGGGAAACACGAAGACAACAGUGAAUCAUCCGGCACAGCCCAAACGAAUGGAAAUCAAAACGUUAAUGGAGAAGAAAAUAUGUCUGAGAAGGACCAAAAAAAUGAAAGGAAAGCACAAACACUGAAUACAACAGCUCUGCAGAAUCCACAACAACCCAGUGGAGGCAGUGAAACUGUGGGUGAACAGCACACCCAGAAGAAAGAUAACACAGAGGACAAGAGGAAAAAAAGGAAUGUAAAAGAGACACCAUCACCUCCUCCUUCUCCUGAUGGUGUUAACGUUAAUACAACACACGCCAAAGAUGUUUUUAACAAUACCUUAUUUUUGGAGACAAUGAAAACAAAAGAUGGCAGCAGCGGCAGUCCUGCGUUACUGCGUGUUCCACUCCUGCUGCUGCUGCUCUCUGUGCUGGGCUGCAUAGCCGUGUGCUGA